UUUUUAGUUUUUUCGUGGAACUAGCAGAGGCAACCAGACGCGAUGCGGUGAUCCUGAGUAUUACUGUUUCCAACGCACCAAGUUUAGAGGAGACCACGGAACGAGCGCGGAAUUCUAAUCAACCUUGGACAUCAUCGCAGGGGGAGAGGAUGAGUUUUGGUUCCGCUGGAACGCUGUUGUUGACGGUGCUUAUACCGGCGUUGUACACGCAAGGAACUGCCGGCACUUCACUUGAGAUGCAGUUCGUCCAGAGCCCGGAUAAUGUGACCUCAUCUCUGGGCAAGCCGGUGGAGCUGCAGUGCGUGUUGCGGGGGGACGGGGGCGAGGGCGAGCCCCCUGACGUGGUCUGGCAGAGGGACGGCCAGCCCCUGGAGUACGCCGACACCAACCAGAUGCAGGUCCCCGUCAGUGAGAACAGCUGGCUGAGCACCAGCGAGCUCAGGAUUGAGGAGGUCCAGCUGUCAGACAUGGGGGGCUACCGCUGUGUGGUGAUGUUGGAGGGACAGGAGAUCUCAUCGCUGGAGGGGCACAUUCAGCUGGAAGGUCUCCCUCACUUCUCUGUGGAACCCUUCGACAUGACAGUGGAGGCCAACACUACCCUGAGUCUGCACUGUGUGGCCCACGGGCCACCAGAACCGGUGGAGGUCAUCUGGCUGCAGGAUGGAGUUCCGCUGAACACCCUGAAGGACCCGGUUGCUCUGUCACCAUCUACACUGAACAUCACAGGGCUCAACAAGACCAGCACAUUCUCCUGCGAGGCCCAGAACCGCAAAGGCGUGGCCACCUCGGCAGCGGGCACUGUGACAGUCAUCCCAUCUCCGCCUCAGAAACUGCAGGCUGUUGAAGCCACCAAUUCCAGCCUGCGUAUCAGCUGGCGGCCCGGUUUCGGAGGAGCGUACCCCAUCACGGUGUGCUCCAUUCAGGCUGUGCCUUCCGAUAUGGACCUCAGCACAGUCCCUGAUCACCUUAUCUACAACCAGAACAUCAACGUGCCACCUGCUAGCCACCUCAUCUCGGACCUGGAGCCCUUCAGCUACUACAGUGUGAGAGUAGCCUGUCGUAGCAGCCAGGGUGCCUCCUCCUGGACGCCCUGGGUGACACUACAGACCGCUGAAGGAGUGCCUGAUGCCCCACCUGUGAACGUGAGCGCGGUGUUGAAUGGGACAGAGGUGUUGGUGAGCUGGGCGCAACCACCAGGCAGACUGAAUGGACAUCUGUUGGGGUACACUUUGGAGUAUAGUGCCCCCAACAUGGGUCAAACUGUGUUGGACUCUGGGCUCGACACGGAUCUGGCAAUAAAUUUGUCCGUCCCCCUGUCCAACGUGUCCUUCCGGGUGUGUGCCUACACAGGGGCAGGACCCGGGCCUUGGAGCCCUGUCCAGACUCUGACCCUCAUACAGCCAGCCAUGGGAGAGCUACAUUCUAGAGGUCCGUCCUCACAGCGAGCCUUCUCCUGGCACUGGUGGUACAUCGUCAUGGCGAUGUCCGUCGCCGUGGCGCUGGCAGUGUUGGUUGCAGUGUAUGCAGCUCGACUGCGUCGUAAAGAGACUCGAUUUGGGGAGGCAUUUGAACCGAUGAUGGAGAGUGGGGAACUGGUAGUGAGGUACCGCGCACGGCGAACCUACAGCCGCCGGACCAACGAGGCCACAUUGAACAGUCUCGGGAUCAGUGACGAGCUGAAACAGAAGCUGCAGGAUGUGAUGGUCGACAGACAUAAACUGACGCUGGGAAAGACCCUGGGCGAGGGGGAGUUUGGUUCUGUGAUGGAGGGCCUGCUGACCCACGAUGAGUCCCAGAGCGUGCUCAAAGUGGCCGUGAAGACCAUGAAGAUUGCUAUCUGCACACGCACUGAGAUGGAGGACUUCUUGCGAGAAGCAGCCUGCAUGAAGGAGUUUGAUCACUCCAAUGUCAUGAGGCUCUUGGGUGUGUGUCUGCAGACGGUAGAGAGUGAAGGCUACCCAUCUCCUGUGGUUAUCCUGCCAUACAUGAAGCAUGGAGACCUGCACAGCUACCUGCUCUACUCCCGCCUAGGCGACUGCCCUGUGUACCUUCCCUCUCAGAUGCUGGUGAAGUUCAUGACUGACAUUGCGCGGGGUAUGGAGUAUCUGAGCAGCAAGAACUUCAUCCACAGAGACUUGGCAGCCCGAAACUGCAUGCUGAAUGAGAACAUGACUGUGUGCGUGGCUGACUUCGGCCUAUCAAAGAAGAUAUACAAUGGAGACUACUACCGACAGGGCCGUAUCUCCAAGAUGCCUGUGAAGUGGAUUGCCAUUGAGAGUCUGGCUGACAGAGUCUACACAACCAAGAGUGAUGUGUGGUCGUUUGGGGUGACAAUGUGGGAGAUUGCCACCAGGGGGCAGACACCCUACCCUGGAGUGGAGAACAGCGAGAUCUACGACUACCUUCGACAGGGGAACCGCCUCAAACAGCCCCCUGACUGCCUGGAUAGCAUCUAUAACCUCAUGUUCUCCUGCUGGCUUCUGAGCCCCAAAGACCGGCCAGGGUUCGAGACCCUGCGCUGCGAGCUGGAGAAGGCCUUGGAGGAGCUACCCGAUCCCCAGGAGGCCGACGAGAUCCUCUACGUUAACAUGGAGGAGUCGGUACCCGAGCCAGGGGCCGUGGGGGGCCGGGAGCCGCUGGGGGCCCCUCCCCCGUUCUGCCUGAAGGGCAUGGACACUGUGACCACCGUGGAGGUGCACCCCCCAGGGCGCUACGUCCUCUGCCCCCAGCACGAGACCCAGCGCUUUCUCAACGACUCACUGGAGAGCCUCCACCUGACCGCCUCCUCUUCCACGCCCACCCUGCUCCUUCAGCCCUCCUCUUGCUCCACCCCCAUCCCUGCCGUCCUGGGCGAGGGGCUGGAAGACAGGGAGGGGUCUGGUAAGAGAGUCCCCUGGCAGUGACGAUGCCCCCCCCCCCCUUCGCGCCCUCAUCGCUGGGUAGAGAUGUGGUCGGGAUGAUGCUGAUUUUGUUCGGAGGUGUACCGUUUCCUGUCAAACGGAGGCAUUCAGUGUCUGUCACGAUGGACUCGACACACACCUGUAUGAGCACAAAAACACUGCCGCACACUCCACAAACACAUGCGUCUGCUCAGACCUGCUCAUCUUCUCCUCAGUUGGAAGUGUAAUAUUAAUACAAGCCCCUGUUGCAAUGGCACUUUCUCCCCCUGCCCUUAAAUAUGGUACUUGUGGGAAGGGAGAUACAUUAAAUUGUAAAUAAAAACAGUGACCAAAACAAAUUUACAAGUACAUUCUACAGGAUUCUACAGCAUUUCAGUUGAAAGGUUUCUUGGGAAACACAAGUAGGUCUAUGAAUUUGGACACUGGCCAGUAUGUAUUCUGAAUCAGGGCUGGAUUAUAGGGGUCCCAAUUCCACUGUGAUUGUUAUUCCUCUUGUCUUGCAGCCAGGCCAGUUUGAACACAGGAAUAAGUAACAAAAGACAGGACCACACAGAUCACCAGCUCAGCAGUAAACUGUAGCAUGUUAAGUCACAGCCAGGAUCCUCUCCAGCAUCCAGAGUGCUAUCCAGAGUACUACUGAAUUCACCACAGCUAGGCCAGUUCAUUCAACUUAACCAGCUUUAAUCAUUGUUUCUUCUUUAAUCAGCAUAAAGCUAUGAUGAACCAGUUCCCCAUGUGAUUUAAACAAACAUGCUGCUUUAAUUCUAGUAAAGCAGUGUAAUGUUGAGGAUGUUUUCACAUUGCUGUCUUUCUCUGGUAUGGUACUAUAGCUUGAUUCCAGAGAAUCUUGGUACAGUUUUUCUUUCAGAGCUGAAAAUCCAAAUGAGCCGUAUGGCCAUGUGAAAUGUAAUGUGAAUUUGUUUUUUGUCAGCAGAACUGUCAGAUUUCGAAGGGCAUCUGAACAUUUACGUUCGUUAGCCCUUAUUAAUUUUGUUCUUCGUCUCUUAUGAAGGCACCGCUCUGAAGUUAUUCAUUCUGAAUUUCUGCGCAUAGCAGCCAGUUCUGCUUCCAUCUGCCUAAAUGGCUAAGGGACAUUCCAUCUCUCCUUCACUCCAUGUUCACCAUGCACGCCUAGUUUUGCCCAUUUUUAACCUCUUUCCUCCAGUCAAACGAACACCUGAGAACAGAGGUCAUUUGGGUCACCCAUCACUGUUUCACAUUACAUAGCAUGAGUUAAGCUGUCCCUCACUCUCCAGUGCAUUUUGAAAAGGGUUAUGCGAAAGCACCCUAAUAUUUACAAAGCCAGCUUGAACUGAAGUUAAAAACUGUCCAUGCAACACAGAAAGUAAAUGAUGAAACAUAAGAAUGUCACUGAGUGGCUCAAGCCUUGUGCAUCAUGGUGGUGUCCUUCCUGAAGACUGUCUCACUUGGGCCAAGUCCUGUCUUUAAAGUGAUCCUUAUUUGUCCCUGUAGCCAGCCCUGUCCUCUGACACUUUAUAAGGACUUCAACAGCUUUUCAGAGAACCACCUUUCCACACAGUGCUGCAUGAGAGAACAAAAAUACAUGUGAAAAAAAUUCUCAGACGACAAAAAAACAUUUACUGCCUUGUAAUCUGACCUCUUCUUGCAAUGAUCAUGUAAUGAUCUGACCUCUUCUUAUACCACUGCUACACGAUGUCCUAUCAGAGCCACCCAGCUCCAAAGUGUGAGACAUCAGAGCAAGAAGAGGACAGACACGGAACUAAAUGAAAGAAGGAAAAAAGGGGGAAAUGAAUGACAGUUAAGGGAAAUAAAUAAGAUGAAGGGAAAAGGAAGUGAAAACAACAUGUAGAAACACAUUGACAAGUGAUUGCCUUAUUAGAUUUGAGGAAAGUUACAGUAUUGUAGGCGAAUGGACGGUGAGAAGCUUGGUAGGCUGGGGAAGAAACAUCCUCAUGCGCUGCUUGGGUCCUCUUCAUAACUCAGGGUUCAGGGAAAGACAGGGUUCAACAGAGACAUCAACAGCACAGCUAUAUUCUACCACAGGAGCUCAUCGAGGUUCACACAUCUCUGAUGGAGCCCCCAUUGGACUGGCUUCACCAGACAUGCAGAGCCAAUGCAUGGUGUUGAAGGGGCGUUUGUAGAACUGGUAAAGGUCACAGGAAAACCUUUGGUACCAAGCAGAGCAGCAACGCAAGCACAGUGUUAUUAUUUGUUGUUUGUCGUGUUUGUUAAUGUGUAUGCCUGAAAUGAUACUUUGCACUAAUAUGAAUAUACGUUCCCUAUGUAAUUACUGUUGUAUUCUGUAUUUUCAUGUACUCUUACCUUUCUGUGCUGUUUGCAUUCUGCGUAUUUAGGUCACAUUUGACAUGGAAUGUUCCAUAAGGGACGUAUUUCCCCCCCGUUUACAAGAUAAAAUGAGUACAUUCCAUUUCAGUUGAGGGGGAAUUACUGUUUGCAUGUUGGUCUAGUGCAACGCUUAUGAAGACAAAAGAGAAGUACGACUCUGCACGGUGGUCAGUAGUUUGUGUAUAGACACAACAUGUUUAAUUAUUAUAAGCGGCAUGCCCUUAAGUGAUGAACCCAAAUGCAAUCAGUUCUUCUUCCUGGUCCUCCCUCAGUUGACAAACCUCUCUCUUUUUCUGAUGGUCCCUGUUGAUUUCCUGGGAAACAAAAUUUUUUUCCCGCUCCAGUAUGUUAUUUGGAGACUAGAUACACAUGUGCAAACUACCUAAUAAUUCAUCUUUUUCAUGACCUUUUUGAUUUUUUGUAACAGAGCUCAAGUUGUAAGCAGCUGGAUAUCCUAUAUAUGCCACUAGAUGUAAUUAUUACACCUGAGUGAAUUGAAGACAGGAAGAGAGAGAGAGAGUGAGGUUUGUCACAUCAGGGCUGUCACCCAGCCUAUGGUCUGAUGGGCAUGUGGCAUUCUGUUUUGUUCUUGCAUUUUGCCUGCUUCUUGCAUAUUUUUCAACCACUUCACCUCCUUAAGGGAUAUCGUGGAUGACCUCCAGGGAGGGUUUUCCAUUCAAAUGUCUGAGCUUUCAGCACAGUCCUGCUUCACAAAUUAACGUGUUGUAGCAUGCCGACACAGCACAGAACAAGUGCAAUCCGACUGCGGUCCCCUUUAAGUAAACCUCAACCCUUAUUUGCAGAGCAUCAUUAUAGUGGUGUCUUUGAUGCUGGCUGACAUACAGACAUAGGGAGCUAAAUGCAGUACCCCUAGGAGGCAACGGAAUUUAGAGCCAGGCAGAUCAGUAUGUACUAGAGGUUGAAGACAGAAAAUUAAUGUAUAAAUUAAAAUACCCCUCUAUACAACAUUGACAAAUUCAUGCAGGUUGUCCUGGAAAGUAAUGCAGUGUAAGGUUACGUUUUAUAAUGUGGUCAUAAUGUGGGUGCUCAUUUUCAGGACCCUUGUAAUUAAAUUCUGUUAAAUUUUGAAUUGUGAUUACACAACUAUUCAGAUACUGGCACAAGUGUACAGUGUUUUAGGUUUCUAGAAAUGUUUUAUGUUAUCAUUACUAAAUAAGGAUUUUUUUUUGUAAAUAAGAUCUGAUAUUCCCUACAGAGCAUACUCAAUAGCACAACCUGCAUCAAAACUUACAAUUUACACAUAUCAAUAGACAUACUAACUGUAUGUACUUUAAAACAUAACAAAGUGCCUUCAGAAAGCCAGUAUUUUUUGUUUGAUUUUUUUAAAAUAAAAUGUAAAUUAAAUGUGUGUUUCAAAUUGGCAAAAUGGUGUUUUACUAUUAUGAG